ACUCACCUACAGCCAGCAAAUAAGAGCUCUCACCAUCGUCGUCGUCCUUGCAAGUUGCAACCACCUCGCCGGUGAAAGAAGGAAAUGGCAGCCGCCGCAAUGAGCUACGUGCAUGCCGACGUGGAGAACCUCAAGGCGACCGAGCUGAGGCUUGGCCUGCCGGGCGCCGAGGAGGCCGACAAGAUGCCGACCCCGCCGUCGACGCCCAGGGCCGGCAACAAGCGCGCUCUCGCCGGCGACCUCCGCGAGGAGGAGCCUAAGACCGCGCCGCCGGCUGCCAAGGCUCAGGUGGUUGGCUGGCCGCCAGUGAGGUCCUACAGGAAGAGCUGUUUCCAGCAGCAGAGCACCAAGAGCAAGGUGUCCGCUCCUGCUCCUGAGAAGAAGCAGGAGGAGGUCGCAGUUGCAGCGGUAGUGGCGCCGCCAGCCGCAGCAGGCAGCGGAGGAUCACUGUACGUGAAGGUGAGCAUGGACGGGGCCCCCUACCUGAGGAAGAUCGACCUCAAGAUGUACAAGGGCUACCGCGAGCUCAGGGAGGCCCUGGAGUCCAUGUUCCUCGGCUUCUCCGGUGACGCCUCCAGCGUCAACCCGUCCGACUUCGCCGUGACCUACGAGGACAAGGACGGCGACCUCAUGCUCGUCGGUGACGUGCCCUUCGAGAUGUUCAUGAGUACCUGCAAGAGGAUGAGGAUCAUGAAGGGAUCCGAGGCAAGAGGCCUUGGAUCUUCAAAGGAGUGAAACGAAACUUAUGAAGAACAUGCAAGUAUGCAAACAUGCCAUGGAUGCAUGUGUGCAACACCAAGGAUUCUUUUGUUCUUUUGGGCAUGUUUUCAUCCGUCUCUAGCUUCAAGGCAAACAAGAAGAUGCAAGAUUCGAGUGGAGUUCUUUUUUCAUUUCAUCUUAUUUUGAAAUAGGUGUUAGCAACACAAAAGGAGUGGAGAUUAGUUCGAGUUGAAGCGAUCUCCAUGUGUGUUUGUACAAAAAACAACUUUCCCAUUUAAGCUAUGUCAAUGGUUGAUUGGUCUCUCCCUUGAGUUUUAUCAAAGGUCGCAAGAUUUUCAUUCAUACUGUAUCAGUGUUUGUGA